AUGAUGAUGAACAGUUUUAUGGAUUCUUCAUCGCCGUAUUCUCAUCUGGCAUCGUUUGGAUUAAAAAUGUCACCGAAUCAUGAUGCAACUGGCGGAUCAUUGACUCAGCAACAUUCUCAUCUUGCUACUUUUGGUCUUAAAAUGUCUCCGAAUCAUGAUGCAGGUUCACUUGUGCAACAGUCACAUUUAGCGAGUUUUGGAUUGAAAAUGUCACCGAAUCAGGGAGAUACGAGGUCAAAUCCUUUGGCAAAUGAUCCAAUGUUACAUGCUCCAGGAAAUUCUCUUGCUGAUAUGACAAAUCCUUAUCAGAGUGCAGCUCAAGUUAGCAAUGCUGGAUAUCCAACCUCGCAUUAUAUUCCACCUCCGUCUCACAUGGGUCAAAUCAACCAGAUUUCGUCGUAUACAGCUAAGGACUUUCUCUUCAAAAGGGAAAAUGAUUACAUGACUUCAGCCUCAUCGACAGCACCGCAAUCAAAUCCAUCGACAGAUGCUUCACUUUAUCAUCAUGCAUCGAUUCAUGAUAAUCUGAAUCAUCAUCCAGCUAUUGGAUCAACUGCACCAGCUCCACCAUCAGCACUAGCCAAUCAUCAUUUUCAUCAGCAUCAAAUGCGAAUGGGCAUCACACCAGAUUAUUCACAUCAUUAUCAUCAGUCAAACUAUCCGUCGGUUCAUCAUCACAAUCUUGCAAACUUGCCUGUGAAUCAUGGAACUUCUGGAGCAUUUUUCCGUUACAUGAGACAUCCACCAGCUAUCAAGCAAGAAAUGCAAUGUUUGUGGGUUGAAAUGGAUGCACCACAUCCAGUUGGACAACCUAUCUGUGCAAACGGCAACCGUAAAACAUGCAAUAAGAUUUUCAAUUCAAUGCAAGAGAUUGUGACACAUUUGACAGUUGAUCAUGUCGGCGGACCUGAAAUCACAACACAUUGCUGCCACUGGUUGGCGUGUCCACGCAACGGUCGUCCAUUCAAAGCGAAAUAUAAAUUGGUGAAUCAUAUAAGAGUGCACACAGGGGAAAAGCCUUUCCCGUGUCCAUUUCCAGCAUGCGGUAAAGUCUUCGCUCGCUCAGAAAACCUCAAAAUUCACAAACGCACACAUACUGGUGAGUGUCAAAAAAUGAUUUCCUACUUUUUUGUUAUCUUGUUUUUACCGUCGGUCAUUUUGUUUGCAACUUUGGAAGAUUACUUUGUGAUUCUUUAA